UGGUAUUGAAAUAGGGGUCUAAACGUAAAUAAAUAUAAAAAAGUUAAGCUUGACUUUGACCCAUGAGCCCUUAGCCCAAAUUUAAAACAACCUUGAUGUAAUAAAAAUCUUCCGUUUGGUUAUUUCAGCAACAUUGGUCGGAACUUGGACCCAGAGGGUUGAGAGAUAUACGACGUUGUGUGAUUGAAAGUUUUGAACUUAUUGAAUUUGAGGUCCUAAGACUGAUUCUAUUACGCUUAUUAGCUUUGAUCAAUUUGAUUUUAGUUUCGUGAUUGUAAUCUAUGCUGGGACCGGAUCAAUCGAAACAGCAGCGAUCAUGGUGAUGGUGUCUAACUCUAGCCAUCACAACAAGGAAAUAAACGUCAGAAGGAGGAUCUCUGCGAUAUACAAUAAGCGGGAAGAGGAUUUUUCAGCGCUUAAGGACUACAAUGACUACUUGGAAGAAGUGGAGUGCAUGAUAUUUGAUUUGGUAGAUGGAAUCAAUGUUGGGGCCAUUGAGGACAAGAUUAAGAGAUACUCUCAAGAGAAUGCUGAACAGAUCAUGGUUAAUCGCGCCCGCAAGGCUGAGGAUUUAACUGCAGCCUUGGCAGCUUGCAAGGCCCAACCUCCACAAACUGAUACUGUUACGUCUUCAAACCAUGGAACUACGGCUGCAACUGCAUACAUUCAGGCUCCACGACCAACGGGAAUGGGCCCACAACCUGUACCUAUAGGAGGAGGAGGAAGAGCAGAUCAUCAACGUUACUACUCUGUGGAAGACGAAGCAAUGUUGAGGAUCAAAGCGGAGAGAGCUCCACGCGCUGGAGGAUUUUCUUUAGAGAUAAGCAAGAAGAGGGCUUUUGAAGAAGCAUUUUCAUGCAUUUGGGUUUGAUUCCUCAAGAGAUUUGUGUGCUUAUCUUAAGACUGUGAUCACCAUAUAAAUCAAUAUAUCGGUUAGAAAUCACCAUAGAAACCAAUAUGUUGCAUGUUAUGAAUAAGUCUCAAUCUUUCAACCUCUA